AUAAGAAUUAUGUUAUCUUCUUAUCAUCUAUAAAUGGACUUAUCUAAUAAUAUCUUUUUUUUUUUUAUUUUCUACAAGGCAUUUAUUACGGAUAGGUCAGGAGAAAAAAAAAGAUUACAUUUUAUUAUGUAUGUAAAUGACUUCAAUUUCAUAUAUAAAAUGUGUAGAGGAAUAUAUUAUUAUUGUUAUUGUUAUAUUAUUAUGAAAUCGAUUGAUUAUGUUAGCAAUAAGCAAUGCUUACAUAAUUAUCAGAUUAAAAAGAAAGAGACUCGAAAUAAGAGUAAUAAAGCAGAGAUAAAUAAGAAGCAACGACAUCAAGAUUAUUUUUAUUUUUUAUUCUCUAUUUAUUCAAACUAUUCAUCUUCUAUUUUAUUGGAAAAUAAAGGAAAUACAGCUAGAGACCAUUUAGCGAAUGAAAGAACCUAUUUAGCAUGGUUUAGAACCUCUUUAACUUUAAUCACGUUUAGUAUCGGUAUGAUUCAACUGUAUCAUAACAAUAAUAGUUCCAAUCAAAAGUUUAUCAAAACCUUAGGUUUAAUAAGUAUGCUCUUUAGCAUUCUCUUUUUGUAUUUCGGUUAUGUUCGAUACUUUCAUGUUCAAUGGGCGUUGCAACAAGGUGCUUUUCCAGCAAGUAGAGGGAUUAUUGUUUUAUCUUCAUUUUGUAUCUUAUUUAUCUUCAUUUCUAUCCUUACUAUCAUGCUCUUAAAUUAAAAAUAGAUAUAUGUAUAUACAUAUAUUAUAUAUACACAUUUAUAUACUAUACAAUAUACGCA